UGACAACUGUAAGCAGAAAUGUUCUUGCUCGCCAAUGGGUGGUCUUGUCUGUGAGGAGAUCUCAUGUCCCAAAGAUACCAAGUGUGAAAUCAAAAAUGGAAUCCGGGCCUGCUACAACGUAGAUCCAUGCAAAGUAGCAAAUUGCCGUGCAAAGGAGACCUGCAAAGUGGAGAAAGGAGAGGCGGUGUGUGUGCCUCAGUACAUUGGCACCUGCUGGGCCUGGGGGGACCCCCAUUACCGCACCUUCGAUGGAUACAACUACGAUUUCCAGGGCACCUGCACCUAUACCAUCUCCAAGACAUCUGGGAACGAUACCGGGCUGGUCCCCUUCUCUAUCGAGGAGAAGAACGACAACCGUGGCAACACAGCAGUCUCCUUCGUCAAGCUGGUGAUCAUCUCUGUGUACGGCUACACCGUGACAAUAGAGAAGUUUCAGUAUGGAAAGGUCCAGGUAAAUGGUGAGGUGUUGAAUUUGCCAGUGACCCUUGAUGAUGGUAAGAUCAGACUUUUCCAGAGCGGCCUGAGUGCUGUGCUGGAAACGGAUUUCGGUAUGCGGGUUACCUAUGACUGGAACUGGUACCUGCUCAUCCAACUGCCCAGCAGCUACUAUGACAGUGUAGGUGGCCUCUGUGGCAACUUCAAUGGCAACAUCAAGGAUGAAAUGAGAGAGCCUGAUGGCAAACAAGUCUCCAGCGUCAUCGACUGGGCCAAGAGCUGGCGGGUGAAGGACAGGGACCUCUUCUGUUGGGACUACUGCAAGGGCAACUGCCCUACAUGCGAGGACAGCGCACGCAAGCUGUACGAGAGUGACGCCUACUGUGGGGUCCUUACCAAGGCGGUGGACGGAGUUUUCCGCGAGUGCCACGUCAAAGUCGAUCCAAGGGACUUCUUCGACAGCUGUGUCUAUGAUGUGUGUCUGAACAAAGGCGCCAAGGCACUACUGUGUCAGGCGACGGCUGCCUACGCAGGCACCUGCUUGAAAGAGGGAAUCAUCGUGAAGGACUGGAGGAAAAUAACUGGCUGUACUAUGAAAUGCCAGGCAAAUAGCCACUAUGAAGCAUGUGCCAGCCCCUGCCCACAGACCUGCCCUUUCCCAGAAAACAGCCCGGUCUGCAAAGGCACCUGUGUGGAGUCCUGCCAGUGCGACCAGGGCUAUGUACUGAGCGGUGAUAAAUGCGUGCCAGCUGCCAGCUGUGGCUGCUCUUACCAGGGCCGCUACUACGAGCCAGGGCAGAAGUUCUGGGCCGAUGAAAGCUGCCAUGUGAUUUGCCAGUGCGACACCUCCCUAAAGAUGGUGGUUUGCAAGGAGUCCAGCUGCAAAUCCAGCGAGCAGUGCAAGGUGGUGGAUGGAGUGAGAGGAUGCCAUCCACUCAGCUACUCCACAUGCACAGCAUCCGGAGACCCACACUACCGCACCUUCGAUGGCAAGCUAUAUAACUUCAUGGGUACAUGCAUCUAUGAGUUUGUGAAACUCUGUUCCAAGGAUACAGGCCUCACCCCCUUCAGCGUCAAGGUGCAGAAUGACAACCGCGGAAGCAAAGCCGUCUCCUUCACCAAAGUAGUGACCAUAGAUAUAUUCGGUAUGACGGUUACCAUCAGCAAGGACUACCCCUACAAAAUACUAGUAAGUUAA